UCACCAGCAUUCAAUAGUCUAACCACGUUUCACGGGAACGCAACUGCUAUGACUUUUUGUUUCUAAAUUGACAUAUAGACAGUAUUGUGCCACUAGGCCUAUCUCCAAAACGUUGUGACGAAAAUGGACAGGAAUCGGAUUGCAUUGAUUGUUAUUAUAAGUGUCGUGGCUGUAACUAUUAUCGCUGUGGCAAUUGCCGUACCAGUUUCACGUAAUAACCGCGAAACCACACCGGACUCACUGCAACGCGCCCAGGAGCUUAUGAUGGAAACGCCUCUUAUAGAUGGACACAAUGAUUUACCAUGGCAAUUGAAAAACCGUGCAAACAACCGACUAGAAGACCCACUAAACAAUCUGAAUGAAGAUUUAACAGGAAAGUUCUCACCAUCGCACACCGAUAUCCCAAGACUCAAAGCUGGCAAAGUCGGCGCUCAGUUCUGGGCAGCUUAUACAUCCUGCAGUUCCCAGUAUAUGGACUCAAUACGUCACAUCAUCGACCAGAUUGACGUCAUAAAACGCAUGUGCGAAAAAUACGACGAAUUUGAAUUUGUCGACUCAUCUGAAGGAAUCAGAGAUGCAUUCAAACGGGGCAAAAUCGGAAGUUUAAUUGGUGUUGAAGGUGGGCAUAAUAUUGAUAGUCAUAUGGCAGUAUUGAGGGCGCUGUACGCUCUUGGAACUAGAUACAUGACAGUGACUCAUAGUUGUAACACACCAUGGGCAGACAACUGGUUGAUGGACGAGUUACCGGAAAAUGAGAGGGAGUUUAAUGGUCUAACUGACUUCGGCAAAAAUGUUAUAAGAGAAAUGAAUCGCCUUGGUAUGAUUAUAGAUCUCAGUCAUGUAUCAGUUGAAGUCAUGAAGCAAGUUCUAAGCAUCAGUGCGGCUCCAGUAAUGUUUAGCCAUUCUUCAGCAUAUGCUAUUUGCGCAAACUAUCGAAAUGUGAACGACGAAGUACUAAAGAUAGUGAAAGAAAAGGAAGGAGUUGUAAUGGUAAACUUUUAUACCAAAUACAUCAACUGUCCACCAUAUCAGCUGCCAGGUACAACCGAAAACAAUGGCACACUGAGCCAAGUUGCGAACCACUUGGAUCAUAUUAAGUCUGUUUGCGGUGAAGACUGUGUCGGGCUUGGGUCGGAUUUUGAUGGCGUUUCUACAGUACCUGAUGGUUUAGAAGACGUAUCAAAGUUCCCUUACCUUAUAGCAGAGCUAAUCGACAGAGGCUGGUCUGAUACUGCAAUCAAAAAAUUACUUGGAGAAAACUUGCUACGUGUUUUCAAGGGCGUUGAAGACACGCGUGAUUCCCUUCAAUCUAAAUUGCCAGAUGAGUCGUCAAUGCCAAGAAACAGUGGCAAAGAGGUCAACAAUACGUGCCGAACAUAUGUAUUUAAUCCUGAUGAGGCAUAACAAACACGUUUCAGUAAAGUAUUCAGCAGAAAAAAAAAAAAAACACCUUUCGAGGUUGCGUCAGUACUCGAUGCCCUCACUACAACAUUGCAUUAUGCCAGGAUAACCACCCGGUCACCCUGUGCACCUCUCUCCAGAGUUACUUAGGCCUACUUUUAGGGCGCACCCAUGAUCACACAAGCCGAUUUUUUUUAAGCUGCUGUUCUCAAAUCCUGGCACGCCAUUAUUUACUAUACGAACUAGAUAAUUGUUUUGUUCGUUGUGUUAUAAACCUUUAUUUUUCUAAAAUGAAUGUCCUACAUGUUUCAAUUAAAAAUAAUGAGAGGCGGUAUUUAAUUAAUAAUUGUUGUUUUGUUUCUAUUUAGAUAAUUAAUACAACAUUUGCUUCAUUUAUGUUUAAAAAAAACAAUGGAGCCUAGAUGAUGACAUAGAUAACAGAUAGAUUGAUAGGUAUGGUACGUUCUACUGUAUAUUUUAUUGAGCUGAAAUUAAUUCCCGUAUUUAUUCGAAUAAACGACCCGCUUUGAAUAAACGCUCCCCUCGAAUGAACGCCCCACCAGAGCCUGAUUUGGAAUACUGUAAACGCCUCCCUCAAAUAAACGAGUUUAUUUUUCCCUCGCAUAAACACCCCCCC